CUGAUGAAGCAGAGUUGGCUCAGCCAGGCAGCACUCGCUGCUCUUUUUAAACUCCACAGCACCAGGGAUGAAGUCACCUUUCUUCUUUUAAAAAGAACACAUUUGCUCUGUGAGUCCCUGUCAGUUCUAUUAUAAGUUAGUAUUUUUUCCACUGCUGGUCACCAGGACUUCUCCCAGGAGACUGCUUCCAUUUGAUGUGAAAGCUACACAUACAUACAAGGGACUUGCUGGAAGCAUGGACCUCAGUGAAAAAUGGACUUUGGAGGAAGGAACCUGGUUAUCCCAUGCUGGAAUUCAUCCUUUUGCCAACACCAGAGAGGACAGUGAGUUUGUGGAAGCCUCGCCCGCAUCCUACAGCCCAGACGAGUUAGGUCCCCCUCCUGCUUGUUAUAGCCCUGUCCAGGUUCUAGAAGACUCCAAUUACUUUUCCCCAGACUUUCAGCUCUAUUCUGGGAGGCAUGAAACAUCUGCUUUGACGGUGGAGGCAACCAGUAGCAUCAAGGAAAAAGUUGUUGAAGAUCCUCUUUGUAACUUCCACUCCCCAAACUUCCUGAGGAUCUCAGAGGUGGAAAUGAGAGGUUCCGAGGAUGCAGCAGCUGGAACAGUAUUGCAGCGGCUGAUCCAGGAACAACUGCGCUAUGGCACCCCGACCGAGAACAUGAACUUGCUGGCCAUUCAGCACCAGGCCACAGGGAGUGCAGGACCAGCCCACCCUACAAACAACUUUUCUUCCACGGAAAACCUCACCCAAGAAGACCCACAAAUGGUCUACCAGUCGGCACGCCAAGAACCGCAGGGUCAAGAACACCAGGUGGACAAUACGGUGAUGGAGAAACAGGUCCGGUCCACGCAGCCUCAGCAGAACAAUGAGGAACUGCCCACUUACGAGGAGGCCAAAGCGCAGUCGCAGUUCUUCAGGGGGCAGCAGCAGCAGCAGCAACAGCAGCAGGGGGCGGUGGGCCAUGGUUACUACAUGGCAGGGGGUACCAGUCAGAAGUCCCGAACUGAGGGGAGGCCCACUGUGAACCGUGCCAACAGUGGACAGGCGCAUAAGGACGAGGCGCUGAAGGAACUGAAGCAGGGCCACGUCCGCUCACUCAGCGAGAGAAUCAUGCAGCUGUCCCUGGAGAGGAAUGGGGCCAAGCAACACCUUCCCGGCUCGGGGAAUGGAAAGGGCUUCAAAGCAGGAGGGGGGCCUUCCCCUGCCCAGCCUGCAGGCAAAGUGCUUGACCCUCGGGGUCCUCCACCUGAAUACCCCUUCAAGACCAAGCAAAUGAUGUCCCCGGUCAGUAAGACCCAGGAGCACGGGCUUUUCUAUGGUGACCAGCACCCUGGGAUGCUCCAUGAGAUGGUCAAGCCCUACCCUCCUCCUCAGCCUGUGAGAACAGACGUGGCCGUCCUGCGGUACCAGCCACCCCCUGAGUACGGGGUAACAAGCCGCCCAUGCCAACUUCCUUUCCCAUCAACCAUGCAGCAGCACAGCCCCAUGUCCUCCCAGACCUCCUCCGUCAGCGGGCCGCUGCACUCCGUCUCCCUGCCGCUUCCACCGCCGAUGGCCCUGGGCACUCCACAGCCCCCACCUGCCGCCUCCCCCAGCCAGCAGCUUGGCCCAGAUGCCUUUGCAAUUGUGGAGCGAGCCCAGCAAAUGGUGGAGAUACUGACAGAGGAGAACCGGGUGCUUCACCAGGAACUUCAGGGUUACUACGACAAUGCUGACAAGCUCCACAAGAUUUAUGCUGAGAGCCAUGUAAAUAGGGGAACAUCCAACAAGAACAAGCUGUUGCUGGGCAGUGAUUUCAUGAUGACUUGUAAGUCAGCAUCUGAUGUGCUGCAG